UGCUUAGUUUAAGUAUUCAAAAUCUGACAUGACUUUCAAUGUAUUUCUUAAAUUUCGUGUGAGAAACGUUUUUGUUUAUAGUAUAACUUUCCACGAACUGCUUUUGUAUUGCGUAAAUCGAAACAUGUUCAGAUUGAUACCAUUUCAAUAUCGGCUUUGUGCUUUGGGAAAAUCAUAUGAUGUGAUUGCAGAUGCGUGCCGGAAUAAAAAUGAGUUAUUUAGCUUUCUGGAGUCUCGACAAUGGAGGGGUUUCAAUCGUAGCGUUGCAAAUUUCUUCAGCUGCGAUAUUUCCUUCUUUCAUAUUUACUAUUGGUACCUCCUGGUAUUUAGUCUAUAUGGAGCAAUGCACAGUCUUUAUAAUUUCGGGCGGUUAUUCUUCACCAAGGAAAUGAGUAGAACCUCUUUAUGGCACAACCAUCGAUUUUACGUUUUGCCGCCGUUUAUGAUCAGAAGACUAAGAAUUGUGAAGGCUUUUAUACAGAUUAAUUCUUGGGCAACAUUGUUGUAUGCUGCUUUAUAUGUAUCACCUCGUCACAUGUGUCCUUGGCUAUGGGUCCAUGUAUUUAUAUUUGUUUUAAAACUGGCAGCUUCAACCAUGAAUACCAUAUUGGGUCGCUUGAAAGGUCAACAAACACGGACCAUAAUUUAUCUGAUCGUAUAUGUGCUGAUUAUUUGGCUUGUCAAUCAGUCCAUGAAAGCAUUUACUAUAGCCCUAAAACAGGAGACUCCAGAAAAGCUAAUGCUCUAUUCGCAAAUCAUACACCCCAUUCUACGAUAUGGAAAUAGCAUUGCAAUAUAAUGAUAAAAGUGGUGUUUUCCCUUAUGUUUUUAUUUCAUUCACUCUAGUAACAUUAUUUUAUAAAUAA